CAUCUUGUUGAAGCGCGUAAUUCAAAAUGUCAACUCGCAUCAACCAAUUAAAUAAUUAAAAUAUAUUCAAAAUCUAUUUAAAUGAUUCAGUCCAAGCACAUCGGGAAUGGUUAUAAAAGUGGGAAUAAACGGUUUCGGCCGAAUUGGCAGGGUCAUAUUUAGAACAUGUCUUCAGAACCCUGAUGUCGAGUUAACUGCGAUCAACGAUCCUGCGAUCGAUAUUGAAUACAUCUGCUAUUUGAUAAAAUUCGACUCCACACAUGGAAAAUUCAAGGGAAAUGUCACCCAUACAGAGCAUGAAGUUAAAAUCAAUGAUCGGCUGAUCAAAGUGUUUCGUGAGAAGUUCCCACCCAGCGUGCCCUGGCAAACCGUCGGAGUGCAGUAUGUCAUCGAAGCUUCUGGAAUGUUCACCAGCCUUGAAAAGGCAUCGGGUCAUCUAACAUGUGAUGGCGUAAAGCGUGUGAUAGUGACGGCACCUAGCAUCGAUGUUCCCAUGGUCAUUCUUGGUGUUAAUGACAAUACUAUAUCUACAGAACAAAAGGUCCUAUCCUGUGCGUCCAGCACGCUGUACUGCCUGGCCCCCAUAAUCAAGGUCCUGGAGGAGAACUAUGGCGUCGCCGAGGGUUUCAUCACCAGUAUCCAUGCCAUGACACCUUCUCUUAAGCCUUUAGACGGACUCUGCUUGAGAGGAAAGCAUUGGCGCGACCACCGGAGUAUCCAUCAGAAUAUAAUUCCAGCGAGUACUGGGGCGUGCAAAGCUCUUGGCAAGAUAAUACCUCGAGUGAAGGAUAAACUGUCUGGACUGGCGUUUAGAGUUCCCAUCGUCAACGUAUCGGUGCUAGAUUUGACUGUAAGACUAGAAUCAGACACAAACAUAGAAGAUAUAAUAAAAGCAGUUGAAAAAUCAAGUCAAUCGAAUCUACAAAACAUUAUAAAAGUAUCAAACGAAGAAGCUGUGUCGUCAGACUUCAGCGGCGACUGUCACUCGUGUGUCCUCGACGCAGACUCCAGCCUUCAACUGACGUCAAACUUCUUCAAAAUUAUAUGUUGGUAUGAAAACGAGUACUCGUACGCUUGCAGAGUUUUAGAUUCCAUAUUCUUUUCCGAAAGGCAGCUACCCAAACUGUCGAAACUCCCUUGUAAGACCACGUACGUUAGAGCAAAGACGAAAAAACAAGAGGUACAGGAAGUCGAGCGCAACAAGAUUGAAUAUAACGCUGUAGUAACAGAAGCACAUAAGGUAAGUGGCAGCACUUCACAGGACACCACUUUAAGGAGGAAACCGUUCACUCGCCCGCCGUUCUUAAGGAAACCACUCACGUCUCACAAUUCUGGAACUCUUUCAACAACAACUACUGCUACCCGGGACACCAGAAAGAGAAACGAACUCUUCAAAAUCUGGAAUGAUAAUAACGACGCACAGAAAACUGCAGUACGAACGAAUAGAAGCGCAUUCUUUCACAGUUGCAUGGCAUUUGCACCUAAAAACUCAACGACGACAGAUGGUAUGAAUGCUCAAGAACGGUUGGAAAAUGUUAAGAAGGAAUUUUCUAAAAUGGCAAAUAUUACUGAAGAUUUGCUCAAAAAGUCCUACAGUAUCAAGAUGCAACAAGAGAAUACUGAUAAGACAAGCAUAAAGGAAGUUAAAACGGAUAAUAAUGUAGAUGAAGAUCCCAAAAUUGUGCAGGAUAAAAAGUUUGUUCCGCCAACUAGUAACUCGAUAUACAAAGUUUGUGGAGAUUUCAAGAACAAGGCGAUGAAGAGACACGCAGCCGAUUGUAGCAAAGAAGAAAUAAUUUGUAACAAUCCUAGUGAAGGAAACGAAAAUAAUUCAGAUUACAUCAUGAAUGUUGAAGUCAAAAAGAGUGUCGGUGUUAAAAGCAUGCGUUUGGCACCAUCUCAAGAAGAAACGGUGACAGCAAAAAAUUCAACCAUUAAUGUUUGUCUGUUUAUAAACGGUCAGAACACUGAAAACCACACGAUAUCGACGGACAUUGGCAAAUCUUCAAGUACUAUAAGUUUUCAAGAACAAGUGGUUAACACUGUCAAUAACUUCUUUGAGAAAUAUGGAAAAGAUCAGAAUGUACCAAGUGCUGAGACAGAGCAGACUGAUGAUAAUAUCCCAGAGGUAGCUGAUGUUGUUUCCAGCCCCAAUAAAGAUUUAGUAGAAGAAAAAGAAAUCCCAAUCACAGCUACAGAAGAUGAUGACUUGCCUCUUGUGAAAGAGACUAGUAGCACCCACUCACAAAUUAGACUUGCUACAGAACCCGCACCAGAUAAACUAAGUUACUCCGAAAUCUGCAAAUAUUUACAAAACAAAAGCUACAACAUGCAAAUUAUAGAUGAAGAACUGAAAAAACGCAAUAUUAUAUUAGAAAACAGUGAAAAAGAUAAAGAUAUCGAAUCCAGCUUGAGCCAACAAUUAUCUAGUAUGGUCAAUGAUCAAUUGGCUGUGGAGACGAAGGCAAUACAUAGAGACAUGAAUUUGAACAAACAGAUAUUGGAGAGUUUGAACAGAUUGGUCCCGGAGCCAGUGAUCAUAAUCCCGGACGAGACGUCAGGGUACUGUAGUCCCGAAGACACACUGAUCACUACCAGCAGUGGGAAAAGAAACAAGCCCGAUCUCUAUGAUAAGCUGGACAGCGCCAGCGGGACGGACUCAAACAAUUCAUUCGAAGUCAAUGAAAGAAAAUCCCAAGUUAUCCACAUCACGGAUCUAACAAACUCCUUAGAUGAUCUGGCGCGGUUGGACAAAAUAUGCAGGAUCAUUGAGAUCUCCGACGAACUGUCAGACAAGCUGUUCUCGUCCUUGGAACAACCUGAUCUGACGGGAGCGGAACAUAAAAAAUGGUCGUUCAGAGACUUAUGUGAAAGGAUACAGCUUGACGACUUCUGUAACAAAGUGUUCGGUAAAACAAGCAGUUGAUGGAUUUAUUAUUAUUAUUAUGUUGAAAUUAAAACAAUACAUGUGAUAUGACAUA